GCGGAUGCUGGUUCGUCUACGUCUGUCGGAGGCUGAAGAAGGAGCGGGACACCUUUCACCCACAACCGCGGCUGGAAUUAGAAACCAUCGAGGACGAGAAGAACAUGAACCCCCAGUGUCUGAAACCUAACGCUGUGAAAACUGGUAAUAGCUAACAACGUCAUUGACAUUUUGAGCCUAGCUAACACUAGCUACACAAUUAGCUAGCUAGCUAGCGUUAGCCACCAGACGUGCAGCCCGGCGGCUCCAGUCCGUCCCAGACGACCAUGACUCCUCAGCAGCAGCCCUUCAUAAUCACCCAGAAAGUGCAGUUAACUUUCAAACUCUUCAUGCUGGAGAUUGCCCGGAAUACACUCGAACAAGAGCUUGUUAACCUCACCAACAAGGCCUAUGAAGACGUUCAAGGUUUCUUGAAUUCAACUGUUCCCACUGUUACUGUCUUCAGUGAUCUGGUUCAGUCUUUGGAUGAAAAAUAUCAAACCAUUGAGAAGCUCAACGGUUUAUUAAAAGACCUCGCAGUUGAGCCACACGUUUGUGUCCAGCCUUCUGUCAGAAAUGGAGCGAGAGCAAAUCAGCUCCAGCCACUCGGAGGCAAAAAGACCCUAACGACCGAUGUUCUCAAGUUUGGGCCUAUGUUGCAGAACUCGCUCAUGGCGAGCUCCAUAGCCAAAGCAGUCCAGGUGCUUGGAGCCGCGCUGUCCCACCAGCAGUUUAAAUAUUUCCUCAUCUCCCAGCCUGCAGCGGUCCAGCAGGACGACGUGUUAUGCGGCCUCUCGUCCCGCUACAACAGCGCCGCUGCGACUUUGAGCUCAUCCCCUCACUCGCAGGCUGAAGAAAAAGAACACUCUGUUAUUUCAGAGGAGAAACGCCCAUCAGAUGCUGCGAUUCUUCCACCUGCGAUUACUGAGAGACCCGAGAAUAACCCAGAGAGGCCAACCCUACUACUGCCUCCCAUACAAGCUAUACUCCCAGAGAUCUGUAACCCUAAACCAAUGAAAAUACCCCCGCUAAUGAGCUGGGGAUGUGAGGAAGAUGUCCAGGUGCAACACCAAAAACAAACAUCCUCUCAGCUGCUUCACUUCCUCAAAGCUAAAGCUAAAAACAUGGGUGCACUAGAUGUCACUGUCAUGGAGUGGAGUAAGAGUAUGUGCACGUCAAAUUUGCCACAGUGGCCUACCAUCAAAACACAAAGCUACCAAUUCAGACACGUUGUGGCCGACGAUCUGAUCGAUGCACUAGCGCCGAAAACAUUAUGUGCAGACUUUGAAAACCAAGCCCCAGUCUUCAGAGUAAAGAGAGUGGAAUCGAGUGGCUCUCUGACCUACACUUGUGUGAUCGCAACAAAGACUGAAUUGUGGGAUAUUGGAGACAUCUUAACAGAGGUGGGACAUGGAGAGUCUAAAGCUCACUCCAUGGAUAAUAAAGACGGCCCAAAUAAAACGGCUCAAGAGGACUCCUGUCUAAACAUCCAGUGGAAAACCCGACCUCUGCAAUGCACAGAACCUGAACCAGCGAUUAACUGCAUUACCAUUCCUGAGUUCCAGAUCCGGAGGUUUGAAGAGGCUGAAGUUGUGGUGUCUCAUAUUGUCAGCCCAGGUAACUUUCACAUACAACACGGGGACUCCACCGUGACGCUGCAGGCCCUAUUCGCAGACAGCUGGAAAGCCAGUAGUUCAUAUGCCGAGCAGAGCUGCAUUCCAGACAUUGGAACUAAAGUAAUGGGUUGGUUUCCUAAGCAAGAACAAUGGUGCAGGGCUCAGGUGACGAAGAUAUGCGGAGUAAGCGGAGAUAAUAAUGCCGCUGACGGUGCUGGGAGUGGGAUUUCCAUCAAGAUGGAGGUGAAGAAGCUGGACUACGGGGACACAGCCUGCCUGUCACUGUUGAACAUCAAAGAGCUGACUCCAGAAAUGGCUGUCCUACCACUGCAGGCUGUCGAGGUCUCGCUGGCAAAUGUGACGCCUGUGAAUGGGAGUGAGUGGUCCGAGGAGGCAGUGGGCUGGUUCAAAGCAAUGGUGCACAACAGAACGCUCUAUGCCAGACUGUACCCACAGGGGCCCGAAGUUACAGUCGAGCUGUUCCUGGAAAAGGGAAAGCUCGGAGCAAUGAGGAGGGGUGCAUCACUGUCUUUGAGACUGGCCCAGAACGGACAUGCAAAACAUAGCAAGCUGAAGAAUGUUGGCCUUGUGAAAAGAAGCACAAUUCAACUUAACAAGAAGAAACAGGAGUGGGAGAAGUACCUCAUCUCAUGCUAUACUCAAAGUAAGAAGUAAUUCAGAGAGUAGGGAAUGUUCCUGGUUUUGUUUAUGUGGUUUUGUUUAUGUUGCUUUGUUUGGCCAUGUCAUGUCAAACGUAAAUGCAAAUUGCAGAGCUGCCAUGAAACACAAAUCCAAACAUAGACAUGUAAUGAUCCUUAGAUCAGAGACAAACAUACGGUGGUCUGUCAGGUUACACGGUGACAAGCUGCUGUGAUUUUCACCUCGCAGUACAAGGAUAAAUCAAGGAUAUUUAAAUCUAAUGUAAUAUAAACAUUGAAUUAAGACUGAAGGCUUUUGAUUGGAUCAGCUUUCUUGUGUAUUUUUACGUCUUACAUUGCAAUUGAUAAAGUCAAAGCUCUGUGUAGUGAUUGUGAGUAAAGCUAAUGUGACACUGUUUACACAAAAAAGUUGGUAAACUCAGUUCGUCCUUGAAGCAUUGUUAAAAAUGUGUUUAUUUUUUAUAAUUUUUUUUAAAUGCAUGUAUGCUGUGUGGGGACAUGAACGUUUCCCUUUGUACUCAAUACAUUCAUAUACUCUAGCAUUUCCUAAAAACAAGGAAGUGUCGCAAAUCCUGUUUUUCCUGCCGCUAGACGGUGCCAGUCCAGUUUAAUUAGCUGCCCUCUAUUAAGUGAUACUUGAUUUGUCUGUGUGCCACAUGCAGUAGGUCUGUUAUCUUUGAUAAUAAUCAUCAUUAGAGCCAUGUUGCCUUAGUUAGUAUUGAGCUCUUGUAAAAUGGCAGAUCUAUGGUUUUGUAUUUACAGUGUGCGUAUUUGUCUCUACUUUCAUAAUAAAACUGUUCUCUACAAGUGUGUGUGCUCUGUCUGUAUUGUAGAUGAACGUGUUCUCCAUAGAGGGAAUAUAAAUGAGGUUCAGUUCAUUCAAAGAAUUACCAGAACGCCCAAACCCUCCCAACUGCAGUGAAGCUCACGGCCGGCAUAGUGAACUGCUGUAGGUCAUCUGAUGCAUGACAAAUGACCACAUUGUGUUCACUUGCAUUCACUUUGUUGCUACUGUAAAUUAUUGUUUCUACUGUUAUAGGGAGGCGUCUGACCACAACAAAAUGUGCAAUCUCAGCUGAUAACGGCAAAAUGAAAAUUGUCAGUGUGUUCAGAUGCUGUACCGUAGAUCAUUCAUAAGCACGCGUGUGAUUUAUAGUAGCAGGCAAAGUCAUAACUGUGCAGUAAGCUUUAAUGACUGGAUAUUUAUUAUAAAGACAUUUGUAUU